AUGAAAAAAUCAGAUAAAUAUUUGCAUGUUGAUGCUGCUUUAAAGUACUUCCAGCAUCGUUAUACUGAUAACACAUUUACUGGACAAUUCAUAUCAACAGUCGGAAUCGAUUUUAAGGAGAAAAAAGUAGUGUAUAAAAGUGGGCGAAGUGGAUUCAGUAGUCGAGGCCAACGUGUUCUCCUACAAUUAUGGGAUACUGCUGGACAAGAAAGAUUUCGAAGUCUCACAACCGCAUUUUUCCGUGAUGCAAUGGGAUUUAUAUUGAUAUUUGAUAUAACUAAUGAACAAUCAUUUCUAAAUAUUCGAGAUUGGCUAUCACAGCUUAAGGUACAUGCUUACUGUGAAACACCAGAUAUUAUCAUUUGUGGCAACAAAUCAGAUCUUGAAAAUCGAAGACAAGUUAGUACAACACGAGCCAAACAACUGGCUGAUCAGCUUGGUUUACCAUACUUCGAAACGUCAGCUUGUACAUCAACGAACGUUGAAAAAGCAGUCGAAUGUUUACUCGAUUUAGUAAUGCAACGAAUUCAGCAAUCAGUAGAACAUAUUGGGAUGCCGUUACGCGAUUCUGAUCGUAUAAGUUUAGGCAAAGAUUCCAGCCUUUCACCUAACGCCUAUUGUUCAUAUUGUUAA